AUGAAAACAUACGUGGCUGAAAUCAAACAACAUUUAGAGGACGUGAAAGAAGCAAACGAGGAUGUGCAGCAAUUCGUCGACAAAUUCCGUUCAAAAGUAACUCAACCUCUAUCAGCUAAAGGAAAGAGCACUUUGGCCAAAAUAUUUUCAAAGGGAAUCUUAGGAAAAUUAAAAACAAAAAUAACUGCAAAGCUUAAUCGAAUCAUCAGUAAAGUUGCUCCUAAGUUCACUAAAGCAAAACGGCUUUUUGAUCUUGCAAAGUCUGGUCUGAAAGGGCUUGUGAAGCUUGGAACAGCAGCUCUUGCUGUAUGGACCGCCGUAGAGACAUUUGAUAACUGUAAACGGAAAGCAGCAGAAGCAAAAGAAAGUGUAAAAAACAUGAAAACAUACGUGGCUGAAAUCAAACAACAUUUAGAGGACGUGAAAGAAGCAAACGAGGAUGUGCAGCAAGCAUGGAUGGAUGUUUAUAACACUAGCAUGGCAACGGACCUAAUUGACGCUCUCAAAGAUAUGCGUGCGAUGAUGCUGGAAGAUUACUUCUCAACGGCGUCAAACAAGGAGGAAAAGGAUAAUGUUGCAGAAAAAAUUCAGGAAUACAUCGAUGUCGAGAAAUUAAAUCCUGAUCAAGAAGACACCAAAAGCAUUCUAAAUAACCGUCAGAGAGCCAUGAAUCAAGUGUUGGGAACCAUUACCGUCACACUGAGCUGCUUCAGACAUAAAGGCAAUGCAUUUGGUGCAGUAAAGUUGGAAUGCGCAAGAGGUGAUUCACCAUUCCCGUAUAUUUUCGACGAUAUCGUGAACAAGGUCCCAAUUGACCCCGCAAAAAAGUGCCUUUACAGAACAGGAGAAGAAUACAUCACUGAAGAAAAAAUGAGAGAAGCUUGGACCAGGUGGGUGGAAGGAAAUGCGACAGACAUUGAUGCGACUUGCUUGGUAAACAAUAAACUCAUAGUAGAUCAAGUUAAAGAUUUUCUGAGAAAAAAAGAGAACGAUGCAAGCCAAAUCGCUGGUAAAUUAUUGCGAGAUGACAAAAUUAACAGAGGUGGCGUAGAGGAGAUCCAAGCUGUGAUAACAAAGAUCAAAGAGGAAAACCCCAAUAUUGAGAAUGAGAUGACUCAAGCUGACAAAGACAUGGUCUGUAGACUGAAAAACUCAUUUCCUGAUAAUGCUCAACAAGUCAUAGACACGAUGAAAAUCGUUAAUCCAGAUGUAGGUGCAACUUUAACAGUUGAAAUCGUCAAUAAUCUUCAAUGUGAUUGAUUGGCGUGCUAUAUGAUACCGCUGACCUUACAGAACGGAAACCGAUGAUGGYAACGGAAGACAGAGUAGCAAUCCUCCGAUGCAAAGUUAAAAAUCCAAUAAAAUAUUGAAGUGAAAAUUGA